AUGAAGCAGAUCCACCGAAUGAUCGAUGAGAUUCGGAAGUGGAUGCCCUUCACUCCCUCCGCCCAGGUGACGUGUCUCGGUGUCAGCUACGACUGCUCCGAGGAGGCGGCGCGGGAGCAGUUCCUGGAGGACUUUCGAUCUCGCAUCCUCUUCACCUACCGCUCCGGCCUUGAGCCCCCCUUGCAGCUGUCUGCUGGUGGCACCAAGGCCUCCGAUUCAGGCUGGGGCUGCAUGCUGCGGGUGACGCAGAUGAUGCUGGCCCAGUGCUUCGUGUCUCUCCUGCUAGGUCGCGAGUGGCGCUUCAGAGAGGAGGCGGACCUGAAAGAAGGCUCACUUUACAUGCGCAUCACCAGCUGCUUCCUGGACCUGCCCAACGCGCCCUUUUCGCUGCCAGGGCCCCAUGGCCAGGGCGCGAGGUCCCUUCGAGUGUUUGGGAGGGCAUCUUUGGGGAAGAUGGUGGAAUACGAGCAAUGGAAAGCGGACGUGAGCUUGGCCACUGGGUUUUUGCUGUGCACUUUGCUCGAGACACACAUCCCGGCCGCGGGAACGCUGAAGAGCGCCCGUGGGCUUCGGGGUUUUUCCAUGUCGACGGAUGACGGCCCUUUCUUCGGGUAUUUGUCCCUGCUCUCCCUGGAGUACCAGCAACUGAAAUCGGAGAACCAGCGACUGCAAGAGGACCUGGAGCAGUUGCAGCAGAGCCAAGUGGAGCUGGGGCCGAACGCCAUCACCAAGGCCGUCUCCAAUGCGCCUGCCAAGGUCCCUGCCCCAAAGCAGGCGCAUGACGGUGCCAAGGAGCGAAGUAGCCAGGCUCGGCACCCGAUUUUCAGCAACGGGGCUGAAAUCAAGGCAGCCAUUGCCAACGAGAUGUGUGCAGACAUGCACUAUGAUGUCAAAAACUUGUACAAGACAUCGGGCUGUUUUCAGAGACUGGCACGGAGUGCCGUGUUCGAGAACACCACGAUGGUUAUGAUUACUAUAUAUGCAAUUUACAUGUCGGUUGACACCGACUGGAACACCGCUGACCUCAUCACCGAGACGCAUCCCUUUUUCAUCGUUUGCGAGCAAGUGUUUUGCUUGUACUUCGUCUUCGAGCUCUUGGUACGUUUUGGGGCCUUCCAACGGAAGUGCAACGCUUUUAAAGACGCCUGGUUCGUUUUUGACUUCAUCCUGGUGGUGAUGAUGGUGGCAGAGACAUGGGUCAUGAACCUUAUCAUCCUCACCAUGGCUUCUGCCGGAGCCUCCAACUUUCUGGGGGACGCGGCGAUCCUGCGCAUAGCGCGGCUGAUGCGUCUGACGCGGUUGCUGCGCAUGGCGCGGCUGAUCCGCAUGGUGCCGGAGCUGUUGAUCAUGGUCAAGGCGGUGGCCUCCGCGGCUCGCUCCGUGGGAUUCACCCUGAUCCUGCUGGGGAUUUGCCUCUACGUCUUCGCCAUAGCCUUCCGCGCGGUUUUGGACGGCACGCAGGUGGGGGCCACCUACUUUCCCAACGUGGCGGUGGCUAUGCAUAGUCUGUUUGUGCAUGGCACCUUCUUGGACAACAUCGCGGAACUCUUCAAGCAGAUGAAGGAGCAGAGCGCCAUUGGUUUUUCCUUGCUCUACGUUUUUGUGAUCAUGUCGGCGGUGACGAUCAUGAACAUGCUCAUUGGGGUCUUGUGCGAGGUCAUUACGGCAGUGGCCGACGCAGAAAAGGAGGCGCUCCAGGUGAGUUGGACUACGGAGGUGUUGCAGAGAUGCCUGCAAGCAGGAGCAGACACGGACAACGACGGAUGCAUAGACAUCGACGAGUUUCAGCAAAUGAUUUCGACGCCCAAGGUGCUGCAGGUGCUGAAGGAAGCCGACGUGGACGUGAGCACGCUGGUGAACUUUGCGGACGUGCUCUUCGAGGGCGACGAUGAGCAGCUGAUGACGAAGGUACCCUUUAAGGACUUCAUGACUCGACUCUUGAAGUUCCGGGGCACCAACACCGCCACUGUCAAGGACCUGGUGGACCUCCGGAAGUGCAUCACCAAGGAGCUCCAGCAAGUACAGGAGAACGCGGGCAAUUCGGCCCACCCGGCGGAAUUCAUUUUGCACCGUUUCGUUGAGACCGGGCAGCGCGUCCUGGGCAAGGAGGUCUCGACUUGGUUCGGUCCCACCUCUGCGGCCCAAGCCGUGGGCCACCUCUUCCAGGAGGCCACCAAGGCUGGCAACCCGGAGUUCUUGAAGGGCAUCCGCUGCGCAGUCUUUGUGGAUGGGCCCAUCUACAAGGUCAGCGUUACGGAGCAUUUUGAUGCCGGGGCGACGGCCGUCAUCCUCUUCGUUUGCCGGCGUUUGGGCUUGGACAGCUGCAACCUGGACGAGUAUCAGGAAGGCCUGCAGAGCUGCUUUGGCCUGCCGGAGUUCCAGGGCUUGGCGAGCGGCAACAGUUCCUCGUCCGCCCAUUUCUUCGUGGCCACCCACAGCGAGGAUAGCUUGCUCUUCCUUGACCCCCACGUGACACGCCCGGCACUGCAAUCAGCGAGGGACAUCGUGGCGUCGUCCGGCCUGCGCACCGAGCGCCCGCUUCGACUGCCCUGGUCCAACCUCAACCCCUCCGUGUGCAUGGCGUUCCUGGUGCGGUCAAAGGCGGAGCACCGAGCUCAGCACAUGGAGCUCCAGGGCUUCUCCAAAAAUGUUUGGAGCCUGGUGUGUUGUGGGCGCCUGGGCAACUGCUUGACGCGCACGUCGAGGCGCCGUGUCAGCCUUGAGGGCCUGGGCGGAGUGUUUGAUGCCACGGAGAUUUGUCGUAGCUUCCGUGCCAAGGACGGGCGGGGUGGAGAUUCAAAGGACUCCCAGGGAGUUCUGCACCAGGCAAACCGGAGCACCGUGGAGCGCUGGCUCAAGGAGGGCGUUCGAGUGCCAACGGAGUGGCAGAAUGCUUCGCUGCUUUGGGCUCCGCUGGCGGAGAAGUUUCAGAGGAAUGAGCCGGGCGCAGAGGCCAUGCUUGUCCGGUUCAACACCUUCCGGGCGCAACAUGUGGCGGAUCUGUUGUGCUACGUGGCCACGAUGACCAGCUGCCCCCUCUGCCUCGCCGUGGCCAUGGGCUCAACGAAGCCCAGCAGUGAUUUGGACGUCUCGGUGACGGGGUUGUCCGCCAACGGCACGGGCCCAGACGCGGUGGUGCGAAGCUUCAACGCCGCCUUUGCCCGCGCUUGGGGGAAGUUGGAGGGCCUGGACAUCACGUCGGCCGAGAAGUUUGACAGCAAUGUCUACGGCUUCGCUUGGUUCGAGGCCCAUCUUUGCAAAGGCGGCAUCUGCCCCAGCGUCACCCCAGGCCCCUGCCAGGUGGUGGAGGACUACCACGGCGUACAGGGCCAAGAUGGCUUGCAGAAGUGGCGGAUGGUCCGCUUCAGCGCGGAGGACAACGUUGAAGAGCAGCACAUCUUCGCUGUGGCGAAGCUGCUGUACUUUCUGCGGAAGUGGGGCAUUGAAAAGAAGGACCCCAAGUGCAUCUCGGAGGGCAGCGAAGAACAGAUCGCCUUCACGAUGGAGGACGGCACCAACUUUGAGCAGUAUCCGGAGUGCGACUCCCCGAAACGGACAGUGUGCCAGUCCGUUUGCAAGUUCUGGGCUCAGGUCUACACGGCAGCCACCAUGCACAGCCGGAGCACCAUCCCCAGGCUGACGGACCUCUUCCAAAAGGCAAAGCGGAGGAUGGCCGGCCUCCUUUUCGAGCACCAGCAGCGGUUCCAGCAGAUGAACCCCGGCCUUGAGGUGCCUGUGCAGCUGUGGGAGGAGGAUGUGCUCACACGGAACUCCCUCUACGUGGAGUUUCUGGAAAAGGCCUAUGCAGAAGAUCAAAAGCUUCGCACACGCCCGGAUGCCAACGAGUCCGAACUGCGGGAAGGAUGCGAGCGUGUACAAAACCUGGCUUCUCACGGCCUGGCGUUUGGCAUGGAGACCUACUGGACACAGGGCUCCUUCGAUGCGGUGGUGGGGCGUUUGCAGCUGGGCCUCCAAAAGCCCUGCGGCGAACUGGGGGCCAGGGGCGACUUCUGCCAACUGCGGCUGAGAGACAGACCAGCUAUUUCGAUGCAUUGGUGGAAAACCUGGCGGACUUGUGGAAGGAGCAAGCGCACUUUGUGCAGGGCUCCAGCAAAGCCCACAAGCAGAUUGAAUCGCUCCUGA